UGCGUCUCUGACUUCGACAUUGACUUCUUCCUCCAUCCUCCUUGAAUGUCCUCGCAAGACGCCAUGGAGGGAAUUCCCAAUUUCGACAACUCUGGCAAUCGAGAACUUAUCGUUCCCGGUUUCAGUGGGAUCGAAAUCGACCAUGAUCUUCUCCCCGACUGUCGCUUCACGCAUGGCGUGAAUGAGUGGCACGGCGAGCGGCUGACGGUGCGAGAGCUGCAAAUGCUGCGGCUCAUGGACUCCAUCACGGACAAGCCAGAGUGGGACCGGAAGAUCUUUGACGAGGAAAUCGUCGGCAAGUGGCGCGCCGAGGCCACUCUCAUCCCCCUUAUUAGCGAGAAGGCCUGGGAGUGGUGCGUGACUGAGCUGCGCGAUAAGGCCCGGAUCUUCAAGGAGACUGGCAAGGUCAUAACUUACGAUACGGGGAGCCGCUGCGUCAAAUCGGACGUCAUCGUCGGCCCCGAGCUGCAGGCUGAGCUGCUCUCCAACGUGGAGCCGCUGCUGCAAGUGCCCGACCACCAGAAAGACUGGCACCCGGGCUCCAACGAUCAGGUUCUCAACUUGGUGCACCCGUCCCUGUAUCCCCUGGUGUACGGCAAGACGGAGGUUCUCCAGAACGGUGGCCGCGUCGACCUGUCCAACAUCUUCGCCUCGUGCGGCCAGGGCACGGUAGCGCGCACUCACAACCGCCCUACCUCGGACACCUGGUCGUGGCGCUUCCAAUGGCUACCCUGCGAAGUCGAGUUCGCGGCCGACACCGGGACCGACAUGCGCAUCACGUCGUACAUCAACAACCUGCACCCCGACAAGCACAAGCCCCUCUACGGCACCAUCGAGAAGCUGAUCGGCCUGUCCAUCCCACUCUGGAACGAUGUGCUCGCCAAGGAAGGCGGGGGCCGCUCCCCCGUCCGCAUCAAGACGUUUGGCGCCGGGUUUGACGUGGAGAUGCCCGACUGGGCCGAAUGGGGUUGCCGGCCCAAUAGCUCGACCGACGAGGGGUAUCCCGAGUUCAUGGCCAAGGUGAAGGAUUGGUUGUCGCGGCCUGAAAAUCCCGACUUUGUCGCCCACUCGGACGACGAGGAGGACGAGGAGGAAGAUGAGGAAGGAGGAGGAGCAGCAGAGGAAGGGGAAGCCGACGGCUGGUUCGAGAGAUUGGACGCCCGGGUGAAGCGCCUGAGCGAGGAUCCGAAUUCGGCCACGUGGGACGUCCCUGCGGCGCUGGGCAAUGCCAUUGAGCGCAAGUGGAAGCGAAUCCGGAGCGUCGUGCAUCCGGAGCCGGGCGAGUCCUUCACCUACGAGCAGUGGAAGGAAGGCGUCCAGACCCCGGUCGUGCCACCCGCUGAUUGGAGUGGCGGUCGGAAUCGUGAGGUCGACAACUUCAGCUUCCAGGACGUCCGCCUCGAAGACACCUUCCGCGAGCAGGGGCUGCAGGUCAUCGUGAAGCUCGCGUCCAUCGAGCUGACGCCCGAGAAGCCGACUUACGACGGCGGCAGCUGGCACCUCGAGGGGAUGCUGAACGAGCACAUCGUCGCGACGGCCAUCUACUACUACGACGUCGACAACGUGACCGACUCGCAGCUCUUCCUCCGGCAGGAGGCCGUCCUCGACGAGGUAGAGCUCGUCUACGAGCAGGGCCAGCACGACCACCUUUGCGCCGUCUUCGGCGUCCCCAACCUGCAGGACGAGCCGGCGGUGCAGGAGCUCGGCCACGUCGCCACCCGCCACGGCCGGCUCCUCGUCUUCCCCAACACGCUCCAGCACAGCGUCGGCGGGUUCGAGCUGCGCGACGCGGCCCGCCCCGGCCACAGGCGCUUCGUCGUCCUCUGGCUCGUCGACCCGCACUACCGCGUGUGCUCGACGGCGAACGUGCCGCCGCAGCGCCACGACUGGUGGGCCGAGCGCGGGCUCGACACCGUGAGGCUCGGGCCGCUGCCGCAGGAGGUUGUCGAUAUGGUUAGGCGGAAUGUCGGAGAGUGGCCUAUGGGUCGCGAGGAGGCGGAGGAGCUGCGCCGAGAGCUGAUGCGCGAGAGGACGCAUAUGACUGAGGCGGUGGAGGAGAGGUUUGAGCAGUAUAACCUGUGCGAGCACUGAUGUCUGCAAGGCUGUGCGGGUAUUCUGCUGAUGCCUACUUGGUCGGCUUGGCUUUUACGUUCUUCUAGCCCACAUGCAUCCUGGGAAGCAUUUUGGUGUUUCCAUCGUUUCUCUUACUUCACGCCUGUAUGACCAACGAGGGCUUAUGUUUAUUCGAUAUUUCUCUAACGAUAGCGAAAUUAUCUGAAGGUGAAGUCUGAGGGCUUCACGAUGUGUUUUAAUUGCCAUUAUUUAUUUUGUUGGGCUCUCUGAUUCGCCUAGAAUGUGCAGCUUCUCUCGUAGUCUUGUAGUUUCCAUGCUUUCGGGUGUUUAGUAUGUUAUAAAUGACAAAUCUUGUGCU